AUGCACUCAGAAGAACCUGUGGCACCGGCCCUUUCAACAUAUCAAGAUGAGUCGACAUUCUCAUAUGACAAGGUUCAAUCAACGCACAAAGAGCGAAGGCAUCUCCAUUUGAAAAGUCCGCAAGACCAAAAUGAGGUACUUAAUAAAAUACGAGAUUAUUAUUCAUUAGAUAUACUUGCUGAAAAGUUGUCAGAAAUUGAUGGCGAUGAGCCUAGGUAUAAACGUAUUACACUACAGUUUCCCGAUGAACUAAUAUGUGAUUCUGCUACUAUCGUCCAUUACUUGCAAGAAAAGCUCGAAAUCGAUGCAUCCAACCCAAAGCAAAAGCUUUGGAUCCUUGCUGACACCUCGUACUCUGCUUGCUGUGUUGAUGAAAUAGCUGCUGAACACGUGCACAGUGACUUAGUGAUUCACUUUGGAGAUGCAUGUUUAAACGAAGUGGCCAAAUUGAACUCAAAAUAUGUCUUGGGCAAGCCCGAAGUUGAUGUUGAUGAGAUGGCAAGACAAUUCAAAAACAGGUACAGUACUGGGGACAAGGUUGUCUUGAUGGCUAAUGCCCCAUUCACCUAUAUUCUAUAUCAGUUGAAGGACAAGUUGUCAGGGUACAAAGAUGUGAUUGUUGCUGAUUUGAUUGUACCAAGUUGGAAAUCAGAGAUAAUUGGAUACCUACCCACGUAUGAUAACAAGGUUUCCAAAUUUAACCGGACGUUCCCUGUGGAGAAUAUAUCAGAAUGCGAAUUAUUUCAUGUUACAGUUCCCGAAGCUCCAAGAUUAUUACAAUUAACGACAAAUUUUGCAUCCGUCACAACAUAUGAACCCGACACAAGUACCAUUUCACAAGGUCCAUAUCCCAACUUGAUGAGGCGAUACAAAUUCGUUCAUGUUGCUCGAAGUGCAGGUACUAUAGGUAUUCUUGUCAAUACGCUAUCAUUAUCAAAUACAAAGCAAUUAAUCAACACGAUAAAGGACAAAAUCAAGAAAGCUGGCAAGAAGCAUUACAUAUUUGUUGUCGGCAAACCAAACGUUGCCAAAUUGGCUAAUUUCGAAAGUAUUGAUCUUUGGUGUGUGUUGGGGUGCGAUCAUCAAGGUAUCAUCAUUGAUCAAGUGAAUGAAUUUUUCAAACCCAUUGUCACUCCGUAUGAGCUAUUGCUUGGUCUAAGUGAUGAGUUGACAUGGACUGGGAAAUGGAUCACUGAUUACAAGAGCGUCAUUGAAGAUUACAAACACGAUGAAGAAGAUGCGCCCAGGGAGGAUGAUGGUGAUGAUAAGGAUGAGGCCAGUUCUGAUGAGGAGCCUGAGUUUGAUCCAGUUACUGGUACCUAUGUGAGUAUGUCCCGACCUCUUCGACAAAUCAAUCACUUGAGUAUAAAAAACGAGGGCGAACAAGAGACCAAAGCUAAUAAUGAAAAGAGGUUGGUGGAAAGGUUUUCUAACAGCGUCGCCAUCCGCAAUACCGUCAGCACUUCAGCAAUGCAUUUGCAGAAUAGGCAAUGGACUGGUUUAGGAAGUGAUUAUGCAAACGACGAUGGAUCAGACGUCGAAGAGGAAGGUGCUUUGGUAACUGAAGGAAGAUUGGGUAUUGCUCGAGGAUAUGAUUUUGAUACGCAAAAACAACAAAGCAAGUAG